CCAUCUCUCAAAAUCAUGCAGGGUGUCCCAAGGAAAAUAUCGAUAACGAUUUAAGGAAAUUACUUUUUAUAGUUUUGUGCAUUCGGUAAAUUAUCAAAAUUAACGAUUGGAAACAUUGGUUGAAAUGGCUUCCGCAGGAAAAAAGGGCAAGAAGAAUAAAGGAACAGUUAUAUCCUUGCAAUCAUUUCUAUGUAAUUCUGAUGCACCAGUUGGAACAACCCAAGUCUCAAAAAAAAUACGAAAUUUAGAUGGCGAAGAUAGCGAUGACGGUUGCGGUACAUUGCCGUUGGUUUAUCAGCUUCCAACCGCUCCAAGGGCAAAUCGAAUAUUUGACGAUAAUUCUAUUCCUCAUAAAGCCCCAUUUAUUGCUUAUAUCAAUAAUUUACCAUUUGACGCAAAUGAAGAUGACCUCUACGAAUUUUUUGAAGGUAUUAAUUUAAUUUCUCUGAGAUUACCUAGAGAAGAUGGCGAAAAUGGUCGAUCCAGAGGCUUUGGUUAUGUUGAGUUGGAAAAUAGAGAUGAUUUAAUCCAUGUACUUAGUUUACCAGACCCCUCAAUUAAAGGUCGUCGCAUUCGUAUUGAGCUAUCAAAUGAAAACGACCAGCAAAGCCGGCAAAAAAGUAAUAGGCGGUUCGAUGGCUUUGGUAAUAAUGGCGAUAAUAGAGACUCCGGAAAUUGGAGGCGAGAUAGUCAAAAUAACGGAAGUAACUUUGGAUAUUCUUCCAAUUUUGAAAGAAGCUUUAACAGAGAAAGAAAACCUUUACCAGAUAGAGAAGAUGCGAACACUCCGGGAUCUUGGCGCACAAACGCUAGACCGCCAUCUAUUGAUUCAUCCCCUACGCGGAGGGAAGUUGACCUAGUAUCUGAAAAAUAUCGCGAAGGUCGAGGCAGAGCAACGGAUCGAUAUUCCCGAGAAGAUACAUCCAAAUUUGAAGAAAGGCCGAAAUUGAAUUUAAAACCACGAACUUUACCAUUGCCAGAAGUGAAGAGUUUUGACUUCGAAAAAAAUGAUGAUGAGAUCCAUUUGGAUAAACAAAGCGGAACUUCAUUGAACGUGUUUGGGUCUGCAAAACCUGUAGAUACAGCAGCAAGGGAGUUGGAGAUUGAGCAGAGAUUGGCUCUCGCUCGAAAACAGGAUAAGAGUCGUAGAGAAGAGGAGGUUUUAAAUGAAAAACUUGCCGAACUCCAGGUGGAUAAAAAUGAUAAUGAAAGUCUUGUUGCCACAGUUAGUUGGCGCAGGAAUCAAGACUACAAGGAGAGCGACAAAGUUAAUAAGUGUCCAGGUGAAAAACUGCGUGACGAAGAAAUCAAGAAAUUGAAUCAUCCCCGAGGCCAGUUUAACAGGCUUGAACUUUUAAGAGAACGAGGUCAUACAAACGGGGAGAGCAAAAAUUUGGAGGAUAUCAAAAUCAAACGAGAUUCUCGGAAUGACCGUUCACUGCCGAAGAAAAUUUCCCAGAAUGAACUUGUGUAUUGCUAAUUAGAUGACCAAAAAUGCUCCAAUAGCAUGACCAAGCUUCUUCCAGCAGGAACGUUUUAAUGCUAAGUUCAGCAAAACACUUAUUCUAAAAUUAUGUCAAAUGGAUCGAAUAUACCAAAAUUCGCCUUUGGUGAUUUGAAUCCAAGGUACUGAGGCUAAGGUAAUAUUUUUUCAGAUAUAAAAAACUUUUACUUGUUUCACUAACAACAGAAACGGCACAGCGCUCUCUUGUUUUAUUUUCUUUAAAUGUUUCAAAAUUUUCGAAGAUUGGUUAAGAUAAAAAACUAAUUAAACUUUAAUUAGGUAAUUUUAGAAGGAGUUACUUUUCCUUAAGACUAUCUCGACUUGUGGCUCUUCAGAGUCUUAUAUUGAAUUAGGGACAACGGUUCAGAGUCUACCUUUGAUAAGGUCAUCGAAAUUUUUCUUAUAAAUCUGUAAUUUGCCACACGUUCGGAUUAUUAACGUGCGCUUCAGGUACACACUUCAAUUUUCCUUAAUGAACGAUCAUGAAACUUUCCGUUAAUACAUUAGAAAGUUUAAACAUCUUAAACCUAAAAAUAAUGUUAUGUACGUUUGUAUGACCAUUUAGUUGGCUCUGUGGUCAAUGAGCUGGUAUGUCAUUUAAUCUCUUUAGGAUGCUGGUUUGAGUGCGUUAACAAUUUGGAAACAUAAUUGGCUUAAAGUUGGCGAAUUUUUUCGUUUACUAGCGAGAUGUUUAGACCUUUGCGGAUGUCACACGGUGCUGCUGUGUUACUGUGUGGCGAUGCACCAUAGUUCAUAGCCCUAUUUCCAAACAGGUGCCAUUAGUGUGCUGAAGAGUAAUACCUGGAACUUUAUCUGGUACGCCUGCCGCGAUGUUAAGCUCUAUUAUUAAGCUAUUUUUCGGCCUCGCCAAAAUGUACGAUUCCAGCACUUUGUGUCCGAUUUGCGGAGGUAUAGGCUUCUGGUUUAUAAUCUCAGUGAAAUCGCGUCGCAAAACGUAAUAGUUAUCACAUAGCCUGCCGCAUGCACAUAUGUAUGUCGCAGAUCAUUUGAAUUUAACGACAUUUUUAGGAAUUGCGUCUUUCUGCUUGGCACGCGACAUGCAGGCGCCUUUUCUAUUCUUUUAAUGCGCGGCAGACAACCGUUAGAGUUUCUGCCGAACGUAGUCUGGUCGCGGGUAUGAGCGGGGGGAAGUAGAAGUCUGCACGAAAACGAGAAGCAAACAGAAAUAUGCAGUGUGCAUUAGUAUUGGUGUAUGCGGACUGGAAUAAGUCUCCAGAAUGUGUUGGUAUGGCAUGUAGAGUUAAGAACUACGCAAAAUUCUGAUUUUGUAAAAAGAGAAUUGGGUCAGUCAGUUUUCGAUCAUUACGCAUAACAGACAUGCCUCGCUCACGCGUCAGAAAACGUUGCGCAGACAACGAGAGUGGUGAAGGAGAAGAAGGGCUGUCUGAUAACUCUUCGACAUCAGAAGUGGGAUCGCCUAUACCUACUGUGAACAAUGAAAAUAGUUUGCUGGCAAUUUUGGAGUCGCAAAAUCGAAAUUUUUCUGAACUUCUGAAACAAGUGCAACACUCACAAAGAGAGCCAAAAGAAUCGUUUGCUGUGGUAUUGCCCAGGUUUAAUCCUGAACGUGCGGGAUCAGACGCGCAGUCCUGGUGUUCAACGGUGGACUACAUCUUGUCUGAAGACCAACUGGAAGGUAGCGCUCUUGUGAUGACCCUCAGCAAAUCACUGGAAGGAAGCGCGUCUCAUUGGCUGUCACAAACUUGCUUUCCUGGUAUAUCAUGGACACAGUUCCGAGAAUUGUUUCUGCAACAUUUUGCGAGAACAGAAACAUUAGCGGCAGCAGUUAUGAAUCUGCUAAAUGGACGCCCCGCGGAAGGCGAGUGCCUUUCGUUAUAUGGAAGCCGAAUGGUUACUUCGCUUAUGGCCAAAUGGAAAACGCUGAGUGUGGAGCAAAUCGCAGUGUCCAUUACACUGGCGCAUGCAGCUGGAAUUGACAGGCGUUUGCGGCGUUUAGUUUUCACUUCCGAAAUCAACACUCGGAACGAGCUACAUGAAGAACUGAAGGCCUAUUCAUUUGACGCCAAACUGAGCCACCUUUCAAACGAUGGUACAUCAGAGCCGCCAGGAAAACAAGCUAAGCCCCACGUCAAGUGUCCCAACUGCGGAAAGCCUGGUCACAAAAAGGCGGACUGUCGAUCAAAAACAAUGGCAGUGCACGUCUAGAAACCCGGCAAGCAACCUUCAGGGAAAGACCGGUCUACUUUGACUUGUUUCAAUUGCGGAAAAUCUGGACACAUCUCUACAGUAUGUCCUGAUCGUCAGGAGCGUUCGUCGUCUUCCAAAAACAACAUUGUAAAAGAUGUCAACAUCUGUACCAUUUUUGAACCUGUAGGAACGUUUUCGCAAUCUGGUGAGUCGUUCCAAUUUUGUUUUGAUUCUGGAGCUGAGUGUUCACUCAUCAAGGAGGCUACUUGGCAGAGACUAUCUGAAUCCAGAAUGGGCAACGUAGUUAUUUUAAAGGGUCUUGGUAGCAAUACUAUUUGUAGCACCUUGCAGAUAUUGGCCAAUGUUUUGAUUUGUGAACGUUCAUAUGAAAUAUUGUUUCAUGUAGUGUUAGACAAUUAAAUUAAGUAUGACGCUCUGAUUGGUCGAGAUAUUUUAAGCCAGGGAGUCGGUGUGACAAUAACAUCAAAAUCUCUUACUAUGUUUAAUGAAAAAUCUAUAUUGGCUGUUGAAGUUUCCAAAAUGAAUCCUGAUUUGGCUAGCGUUGACACCGAUCUGCAUGGACCAGAUAGAGACCAAUUGUUGUCAAUAAUACAAGAAUAUUCAGGGUCAUACAUAAAUGGAAUUCCCCAAAGCCGUGUGACUACGGGACAGUUAAAAAUUCGCUUGAUCGAUAAUUUUUUGCUGCACCGAAUUAAACAGAAGCCCCGAGUUAUCGAAUAUUUUAGCAAGAUGACAUCUUCAGCAGAAUUACGUUACCAUUCAUAUGAACUGGAGACACUUGCUUUCUACAAUUCUAUAAAACACUUUGCCAUUACUUGCAUGGACGUCAUUUUGUUGUGUUUACUGACUGCAAUUCGCUUAAAGCCUCUCGUACAAAAAUAGAACUGACUCCUAGAGUUCAUAGGUGGUGGUCGUACUUGCAAACUUUCGAAUUUGAUAUUCAGUAUAGACCAGGUGAGCGUAUGACUCAUGUUGACUUUCUGUCUCGGAAUCCGGUUCCAAAAAUUGACAAGAAUUCCAUAGGCGUAGUCGAAAAACAUAUCCAUCUGACAGAAAUAUCCGACAACUGGUUAUUGGCUAAACAGCAAAGAGACGAAGAAACUUCUUCUAUUAUCUCUAAAUUGCGUAAUGAUGAAUUGCCCAAAGAUUUGGCCAAAACUUACGAAAUACGGUCUGGAACUCUAUACCGAAAAGUUCAAAGAAAUGAAAAGACUCGAUGUCUGCCCAUAAUCCCAAAGCAGUUUUGGUGGUCCGCUGUCAACAACGUACACAAGUCAAUUAUGCAUCUCGGGUGGGAGAAAAGUCUUGAGAAAAUGUACGAGUUCUAUUGGUUCGAUAAAAUGUCUAAAUAUGUUCGCCAAUUUGUGGACAACUGUAUCACUUGUAGAUUGUAAAAACCUCCGUCUGGCAAAAUACAAUCCGAACUCCAUCCCAUUCCUAAAAUCGACAUCCCGUGGCAUACGGAUCAUGUGGAUAUUACAGGUAAACUCGCAGAUCAUUUGAAUUUAACGACAUUUUUAGGAAUUGCGUCUUUCUGCUUGGCACGCGCCAUGCAGGCGCCUUUUCUAUUCUUUUAUAGAAUACAACCGUUAGAGUUUCUGCCGAACGUAGUCUGGUCGCGGGUAUGAGCGGGGGGAAGUAGAAGUCUGCACGAAAACGAGAAGCAUACAGAAAUAUGCAGUGUGCAUUAGUAUUGGUGUAUGCGGACUGGAAUAAGUCUCCAAAAUGUGUUGGUAUGGCAUGUAGAGUUAAGAACUACGCAAAAUUCUGAUUUUGUAAAAAGAGAAUUGGGUCAGUCAGUUUUCGAUCAUUACGCAUAACAGACAUGCCCCGCUCACGCGUCAGAAAACGUUGCGCAGACAACGAGAGUGGUGAAGGAGAAGAAGGGCUUCCUGCCAUUUUUUAUGACAUAUGACGCCGAUAUACCGAUAACAUCGGAUCAGGCAGUAGUCGAUCUAAUUGCCACAUUUUUUGUCUCACUCUAAACGAAAGCUCACUGUUUUCCAAACCUCAGCGUGUGAAGCCUGUCCAUUUCCCAAGUCCCUAGGGAAAUACUAGCUUUGUGCAUAGGUGCUGUGCCCUUUGUGAUAUUAUCAGUGUAGUGAUAACAAAUGAAAUGCAAUUUAUUACAGAGGUAUUUAUAAAUUGUCGAAUAUCCCCAAGUUUUUUGAAAAUGUUAUCACUCCUUAUUUGCAGCACGUUUGUAGGUCAAAUAUAUCAUGUCAGCACGGUUUUAUAAAACGCAGAUCAACAAAUACUUUUGGAGCUUACUUCCACGGAAUAAAGGGCUUUAAAAAUAACUUUCAAGCGCGGACUUUAGUCAAGAAUCUGACUUUGUUAAUCAUUCACUUCUGGAAUAAAUUGGAUUUAAAGUUAUUUGAAUCUCCUAAUCACAUCAGCCGUUCUCCAAGGGAGUCAAGUUGGUUCGCUCAUUUUUAUCUAUUUAAUAUUACCUUCCCUUAGUUUUUAAACAUUCGCGUGUACUUAUGUACGCAGAGGAUGUUAAAUUAUGUCUGCAGUAUAGAGACAUUUUUUUCCAUUCGAACUAACAAUUUGAUCUAGACAGCUUUCAAAAAAGGUGGCGGGAUAACUUACAAAUCUUAAAUUCCUCUAUGUGUAUUCUCACUUUUUAUCGUGACUUACCCGCGACGUACACUUUAAGUGGGUGCUCUUUGGACUGAAUAGCACGGGUUCUGUAUGCAAGACGAUUACGUUUCGUCAAUUAUUUAUAAAACCAGGGGUGUGCCAGAUUUAAUAAACGGUGGUUAAAGGAAUUCGAUGAUCUCCACAUGACUAAAAUGUACAGAUUUUGCUAGUUUAUCCGAUUCUUGAGUAUGGAACAUCAGUUUUGAGCCCAUAAUACGGAGUUCACUCGGACAGUAUUCAACCGGUUCAAAAAAAACGUCUUAUGUUGGUCUUACGGGUCCUAAAGUUUAUUAACUUACCUUCUGAAGCUAAGCUUAGAACAGUUUCUAUUUGUAAUCUUAUUCGUAAUAUAUGGAUAGUCUUUUAGAUAGUCCUUCUAAUUUCUGAUUUUCUACAGUGCACUGUGAUCCAGAAUUCGAUUUUAUUGGCAUAAAGUCUAAAAAUUAAGCUACAGGCUUGAACCUUUGUACAUUUUGUUGUUAAAUCACAAAUAGUUUGCAUACAAAAUUUGGAGUCCGUGCGACCACGGGCGGGGGGCCUCGUAGUGUAGUGGAUAGCGCAACUACCUGUUAAACACGGGGUCGUGGGUUCAAACCCCACCCAUGACAAGAGCAUGGCCACACAAACUUUCCUCUCAAAAAGAUACUUUUCUAGCUUUUAGAAAGUAUUCUUCCAUCCAUAAUGUGUAUAUUCAUUUAAAUGUUAGCAAUCAAAGAACUCUAUGUAAUAAGCACAAAUUGUAACAAAAUAAAUU